GCUGGGCCUCAGCUCCGUGGCGGCGGCGGCGGAAGGCGCCGGCCCGCGCAGGCCCAUGGCGGCGGCCGCGGCGCUCCCGGGCGCGGGCGGGCCUCCCGCGGGCGGCGGGGCCGGCGGCGCGGGCGGCGGGUCCCCGCCGGGCGGCUGGGCCGUGGCGCGCCUCGAGGGCCGCGAGUUCGAGUACCUGAUGAAGAAGCGCUCGGUGACCAUCGGCCGCAACUCGUCGCAGGGCUCGGUGGACGUGAGCAUGGGCCACUCGAGCUUCAUCUCCCGGCGCCACCUGGAGAUCUUCACGCCCCCGGGCGGCGGCCAUGGCGGGGCGGCCCCCGACUCCUCGACGCAGCCCGGGCCCGACGCCGGCGGCGACUUCUACCUGCGCUGCCUCGGCAAGAACGGCGUGUUCGUGGACGGCGUGUUCCAGAGGCGCGGGGCGCCGCCGCUGCAGCUGCCGCGCGUGUGCACGUUCAGGUUCCCGAGCACAAACAUCAAGAUCACGUUCACUGCGCUGUCCAGCGAGAAGAGGGAGAAGCAGGAGGCACCCGAGUCUCCUGUGAAGCCCGUGCAGGCCCACAUCUCGCCCCUGACCAUCAACAUUCCAGACUCCAUGGCCCACCUCAUCAGCCCCCUCCCCUCCCCUACGGGAACCAUCAGUGCUGCCAACUCCUGCCCGUCCAGCCCCCGGGGAGCAGGGUCCUCAGGGUACAAAAUGGGCCGCGUGAUCCCAUCUGACCUCCAUCUAAUGGCUGACAGCUCACAGCCAGAAAACGAAAAGGAAGCUUCGGGUGGAGACAGCCCAAAGGAUGAUUCAAAGCCACCUUAUUCCUAUGCACAAUUAAUUGUACAAGCAAUUACAAUGGCUCCUGAUAAACAGCUCACCCUCAAUGGAAUUUACACGCACAUCACUAAAAACUACCCGUACUACCGGACUGCGGACAAGGGCUGGCAGAAUUCAAUUCGCCACAAUCUCUCUCUGAAUCGUUAUUUCAUCAAAGUACCACGUUCCCAGGAAGAACCAGGCAAAGGCUCAUUCUGGAGGAUAGAUCCUGCUUCUGAAAGCAAAUUAAUAGAGCAGGCUUUUAGGAAAAGACGGCCUAGGGGCGUGCCUUGCUUUAGAACCCCUCUGGGACCGCUCUCGUCUAGAAGUGCCCCCGCCUCUCCUAAUCACGCUGGAGUGCUGUCUGCUCACUCCAGUGGUGCCCAGACCCCCGAGAGCCUGUCGAGGGAAGGUUCGCCGGCCCCCCUGGAGCCUGAGCCUGGCGCCUCACAGCCCAAGCUGGCUGUCAUCCAGGAGGCACGGUUUGCCCAGAGUGCACCAGGCUCCCCGCUGUCUAGUCAGCCCGUGUUAAUCGCUGUGCAGCGGCAGCUGCCCCCGACCAUCAAGCCCGUCACCUACACUGUCGCUGCCCCUGUGACCACCUCGACCUCCCAGCAGCCCGUUGUGCAGACGGUUCAUGUUGUCCACCAGAUCCCAGCCGUGUCCGUCACCAGCGUGGCCGGCCUGGCCCCAGCGAACACAUACACUGUCGCCGGGCAGGCUGUGGUGGCACAGACGGCCGUGCUGGCCCCUCCUAAAGUGGAGCCGCAGGAGAACGGAGACCACCGGGAAGUGAAAGUGAAAGUGGAACCUAUUCCUGCGCUGAGCCAGGCCACCCUGGGCACUGCCAGUCGGGUCAUCCAGACGGCACAGACCACCCCUGUCCAGACAGUCACCAUCGUGCCGCAGCCACCUCUAGGUCAGCACCAGCUUCCAAUAAAAACUGUAACGCAAAACGGGACUCACGUGGUGCCAAUCCCCGCAGCUGUGCACGGCCAGGUGAACAACGCAGCGGCGAGUCCUCUGCACAUGCUGGCAACACACGCCUCAGCAUCGGCCUCCCUGCCCACCAAGCGCCAGAAUGGAGACCAAUCAGAGCAGCCGGAGCUGAAGCGGGUCAAGACUGAAGAAGGCGAGAGUAUCGUCAUCGCCCUGAGUGUGGACACGCCUCCAGCGGCCACGAGGGAGAAGGGCAUCCAGAACUAGCGGCCGGAGAGCUUUUCUAACUUUACUGUCAACUCUGGUGCCAAAAGGAGACACUGCCCAUCUCGAUGCUCGGAGCGCCUCCUCUCAGUGGGCAGAGGGCCUGCGGUUGGACUUCAUGUCAGCACUGAACACACAAGACCCAGGUGGCCUUACAACUCCUUCAAGACAGAAGUCACACCUGAACUUUGAAACCACACACGGAAGCCUGCCGGCAGUGUCUCCGCCCAGCGCUCAUCUUUUAACCCCGAGCAAACUCGGUCCUUCCGAGUGAGGAUGAGGAUGAGGCCCGAUGCCAGCGCAUCGGCCGGACAGGCCCACCUCUGGAGGCCAGCGCAGAAGCCCCACCUGCUCAGAGGACGCCCGGGGCUGGCAGGGGAGACAGUAUUUUGUUCACACGUGGAACUAGAAUAUUUGGGGUGUACUUUCUUUCUUUACAAAAGAAUGGGUCUUUGGCAUUUCAGAUCACUCCAUUCUACUUGGAAACUUUGGAAUCACAGGACCUUUAGUGUGGGUUUCAUUUGGAGAAAAGAAACAACGUGGUUCUGUUUAUUUUCGUUGUUUGCUGUCCGCCUGUGGGAGGACUGACUUUGUCCGUUAAAGAUCAGGAGGAGCUACGAGAUGACAACUGCCCGUUUUCCGUCAGAGCAGCUGUGGAUGUGUUUACUCCAGUUCAGGGUGAGGGACGGACAGGACGCGGCCGGCUGCAUGGAUGAACUGCUGGACUGCGGGCUGCACUUAACUGUUUCUCUUUCUUGCUACUUUUUGUUGUUUCUUUGUGUUGACUUGGUCCCUGGCAUAAUUUUCCACUCUAAGUAAAACAAGUCUCCUAAGUAUUGUGUGUUUAAAACAACAGAACUAUUCCUACUUAUUGGGGUGGGGGGUGGGGUGGUAAUUUAGUCCUUUGUCACACGCCCUCUCAAAUGUCACCGCUCUCUUGGUGGCUUGUCCGCUAUUUUAGGUGCCGUCACCGGGUCAGCACCGUCUGACCAGCUGUCUCCCAGCUCUGCCCCACGCACCCAGAGCAGCUGCUGGGCUGAGCAGAAAUUCUGUGUUAAUACAAGGGCCUGAGAAGCAAGCGCCAUGCGGUGAAGCAUGGGAAACAUCUAGGUCGUUUUCUGAUUUGUGAUAGGAAAUUCCAUCUCCCUUCGAAACGGAAUCCACCAAGGCUGACUUCUCUCCUACAGAAAACAGCAGCAAGAGGACCGGAGGCACAGGUGAGGGAAUGGAAAGUAGGAGGCACCCAGGCCUUGGCUCAGGCUCCUCCACAAGGAAACCACUCACCUUUGCAGAGUGUUCUCGGGAUCAGGGCUGAGCAGCCGGGCAACUAGAAGAGGGCUUUGGCCUUAUUGUGAAUUUUUAAAUGUCAUCAUCAUAACGUUAUUUAUUUAAAUGUAGUUAUUUUGGUAUUUAAUUUUUUUUUAAGAGAGGAAAAAAACCCUGUAUUUUCCUGAUGGAAUGAAAUGGCUCAGAAUGGUAUAUUUAGGCAAUUUUAAAACAUUUAUUAUUUACCUAAAGACCAAAUAUGAUAAAUCUGUUCUAAGUAUUGUGUGUCAAUCCAAAGUAUGGAGCUGUCACAAUGUUACUGCAGAUCAUGCAUAUUAAAAAUUAUGAAAUUACUGCAAAUAGCUUGAUUUAUAACUCAGCCAUUUAAACAAUAAAAUGGAACCAUCCAGUGAGUGAGACCACGUGUGUGACGGUGGCAGAAUCUCACUCGCAGAUCCAAGCACGGGAGGGCACCUCAGGGCGCAGCCUGCAUCUCCAGGCCCGUUACCAACCCGGGAAUGUGUAUGUUUACUUGCCUGUUCAGGAGGUUGGCAAAACAUUUCAGGCUGCGCUGUGUCCCGUGUGUGGGGUCGGGUCUCUCCUCUGAAGGGCCCAGACACGCUUGUCAUGCUGGUGCCGCCGCUGCAAGCUCCCGGCAGGUGAAUGCACAAGACCCCCCGUGGGGGACUCGGCUUGGGCGGCAGUGACCAGACACACCGUGCGUCCUCCUGGAGGCGUGUCCAUGCAGAAACCAACCUGUCACCACCACAGAGGACUCGGGCAGAUCCUUCCUACCCAGCUGUCCAUCAGUUGGUUAUUUCUGAGCCCAAAACAUAGACCUUAUGGGUCCGGAGGAAUUUCUGCUGGGAUGAUAAGAACCUAGUUCUCAGAUUUUAGAAAGAGGAUAGUUGUCCACUGUAAGGCAGCUGGAGGGCCUUCCAGAGCUGAGGAUCGUCUCUCUUUUUCCUUUUUGCUGCCUUACCUAGUUGGCUCAUAGAAAUUUAAAAAUAUUAAGAAGACCGGAAAAAACAUGGGUUAGGAAACUACCACAUUCCAAGCAAGUGUUUUUCAAUUUACCUCUGAAUUCUCAAGAGCCCUCAACAUACAAGGGCCACUGAGUUGUGGCCCUGCUGCCGGGCUGGAGGCCAGUGCAUGUGUGACACGGGACCCCCACCCCCACCCCCCCGCCAGCUGUUCACUGGCAGUUCCUAAAGUCUCAUUUCAAGAAAUUUCUACUUUGACUUUUGCCAAACGUCGGAGCUCCCUGAGGGACCAGAAACUUCAUUUCUGCAGCUUCGCCCUGAACCAAAAAGUACAAAAGGGAAACUCACACAUGACCUGCCAGGCAUGGUGCAUUCGGGGUGUCUGCAUGCUGGCGCUGAUCUGGUAGCAGGGUCCUCACGCAGACAGCUGAGCUCCUUAAACACACCGACCCACGUCCUUCACUGGAGCCAGUGUAGCCGGGAGCCAUGGUCAGAGGGGAGGGGCGGUGCCAGGACUUGGAAGUCUGUGCCCUGUGACAUGGGGAUAAGUGAAUCUUCAAUCCCAACCGCCAUUAGACCAGAGGCAUAGUGGUGGUUUGUGUGCAAAGAUUUGAAAUUUUAAAAGUACCGAGUUCCUGAAAUCCAAUAAAAUAUUUUUAUUAAUUUUGAUUGAA